CCGUUGAGAAUUCAAACAACUCGCCCUAAAAAAGUACUGGAUUAUCACGCCUUCAUGGAACUGAGAUGCAUUCCUCACGAAUUUUUGUCGUAUUGUCGAACUGGACUCUAUGCACUGAGAUGCAUUCCUGCUUUCUUACGGCCUUCAUGAAUCACGCGAAAGAGAGAGAACACAUGACAGCGACAAGAUUUUGGAAGACGAGAUGGGUUCGCUCUUUCUAUCUACAAGCCUUCAGGUCUUAAGUUUGCUUCCUCCUUCGCGUCUUCGCGGUAUUCGUUGCUCCAAAGAAGAUCUCAAAGGGCAGCGGGUCGCGGUUAUAGGCCUAGGCAUCUCCGGAAAAGCUGCAACAAGGCUGGCACUUGCUAGAGGUGCUUCUGUUCUUGCUGUUGAUGGGAAUGAACAAUUAAUCCCAUUAGAAUACGAACCUGAAUUUGCAGAAUUUACAAAUUUGCAAACAAUUCUUGGUGACUGUGACAUUGCACAGCUGGAACAUGCAGAUAGGAUUGUAGUUUCUCCCGGAGUUCCUCUUGAGGAGUAUGCGAUUUCAGCUUUGAUGAAAUCUGGGAGGAAUGUAAUGUCUGAGUUGGAUUUUGCAGCAGAGAUUUUACCCCCCAGUGUCAAGGUUUUGGCUGUUUCAGGAACAAAUGGAAAAUCAACUGUUACAUCUUUUGCUGGGCAGAUGCUUGAUCAUUUGGGCAUCAAAGCUUUCGUUGGGGGGAAUUUUGGGAAGCCACUCUCUGAGGCUGCUAUAUUAUGUCUAAAUUCAUCUUCAGUUGAAGAUAUAUAUCAGGCUGCUGUGGUAGAGGUUAGCAGCUAUCAGAUGGAAAUACCAAGCAAGUACUUUUCUCCUUCUGUUGCAGUGAUUCUAAACCUAACGCCUGAUCAUCUCGAUAGGCACAAGACUAUGCAAAAUUAUGCUGAUAUAAAAUGCAAUCUAUUUUCCCAUAUGAAGGAUGACAAGCUUGCACUUCUCCCAAUUGGUAAUCCAUAUUUGAACAAAGCUUUUUCCAAACAUGCAAAUGGCUGCCACCUUACUUGGAUUGGCGAUUUCCCUGGUAUAAAGAUCGAUAUGGAAGCAAAAGUUGCAAAGCUUAAAUUUCCUACUACAGACACAAUUGCACAUCUACAACUGAGUGAUCUUAGAGCAACAGGCGCUCAUAACUAUACAAAUGCUGCAGUGGCUGCUUUUUUAGUUCUUGGUUUGGGCGUUGGGGUAGACUAUCAUUCUAUCAAUUCCAUUGUCAAAAGGUUGACCCUUUUACCACAUAGAAUACAAGUUGUUUGUACUGAUGCAUGUGGCAUAAGGUGGGUGGAUGAUAGCAAAGCCACAAACAUUGAAUCAACUUAUACUGCAUUGCUAAGUCUCAAAGAUCAGAAGUCAAUCGUCCUUCUUGGUGGUCUUGCAAAGGUUCUAAAUGGUGAAGACUCGAAUGGGUUUGAACAACUCGUUGAACUUCUUCAGCACCGCAGAGCUGUCAUAACCUUUGGAUCGUCAGGAGAGAUGAUCUAUAGAGCCUUAUGCGAUGGUGGCCUCAGCAUCCCUUGCAUCAGAGCUAAAAAUCUGGAAGAUGCUGUUAAGCAUGCAAAGAGCAUAGCAGUGAAAGGAGAUGUAAUUCUUCUAAGUCCUGGCUGUGCUAGUUUUGAUGAAUUCAGAAACUUUGAGCACCGAGGACGAGCGUUUCAAGAGCUAGCACUCUCUUCUUAGGCAUUCUGCAGCCUCCUUGUCGAAUUUCGAAAUCUUGAGAGAGUACUGUCACCCGGGUUUGGUAAAAUUCUGUAAGGAUUUGUAUUUUUUAAAAAAAAAUUUGAUGGCUCUAAGCAUAAAGCUCUAACCUUUUGUUUUCAUAAUCAUUUCUCAAAAUUAACAAAGGCAUUUGUUUGGGCCAAAAUAAAAAAUUCUUAACUUUCACCUUAUAUUAAGGAAUAACCUCAUUGAUA